CUCAUCUGUGAAAUAAGCUACAUCGCCUCAGGGGGUCCCUCUCAGCUCUAGGGUUUGGGGACCCAGACGGCUCCCGGGACACGUGGCUUGGCUCCUUGGAUACACACAGUUAGGUCCCUAAGAGUUCCCGGGACCACCCAUCUUCCGCACCCUGACGCGGCACGGGCGCGCGCUUUCGCCCCGUCUCACUGGUUCAGCGCCGUCCAGCCCGCGAGGAUCUCAAAGUGCCAGGAACCUUUCGAUUGAGCUCGGUUCCGGAAGUGCUGUGCCGGAUCCCGGAAGCUAGUUCAGCAGGAUUCCGGUUUCCCUGGGUGACGAUGGCGACUAGUUUCGAGUGGCCGUGGCAGUACCGCUUCCCUCCCUUCUUCACGUUACAGCCAAACGUGGACACCCGGCAGAAGCAGCUGGCGGCCUGGUGCUCCCUGGUCUUGUCCUUCUGCCGCCUGCACCGACAGUCCAGCAUGACGGUGAUGGAGGCACAAGAAAGCCCUCUUUUCAACAACAACAAGCUGCAGAGGAAGCUCCCCAUGGAAUCUAUCCAGAUUGUGUUGGAGGAACUGAGGAAGAAAGGGAACCUGGAGUGGCUGGAUAAGAACAAGUCCAGCUUCUUGAUCAUGUGGCGGAGACCAGAAGAAUGGGGGAAGCUCAUCUACCAGUGGGUUUCACAGAGUGGCCAGAACAACUCUGUAUUUACCUUUUAUGAACUAACCAGUGGAGAUGACACAGAGGAUGAGGAGUUCCAUGGGCUGGAUGAGGCCACACUUCUUCGAGCUCUGCAGGCCCUACAGCUGGAGCACAAGGCUGAGAUCAUCACAGUCAGUGAUGGUCGAGGGGUCAAGUUCUUUUAGUGGACCCGUUACUCUACCCCUUCCUUAAUUUUCUGAAGGAGAUAGGCUCUGUCCCCACAGAUUGGAGCUUAUACCCAAAUGUAACUUAAAGAACUUUUCAACUUCCCCCCACUUGUGGGUUGGGAGACCCAUGGGAGAAUUUGGAAGAGAAUUCCUCUGUUACCCCACUGUUCUGCUCCAUGAGUGGGUUGAGGUAAUAGCCCCAGAGAGAAAAGAUGUGCCUCCUUUCUCCUUAAUCUUUCUACUCCCUUAUUCCAGACUUUGGCUGAUCCAGGGUCAGUAAACUCACAAAACAUAGUCACACAUAUCUACAAGUACACAGCACCUACUGACUUCUCCCCUCAGGUUUAGCCUGGAUCCUCUAAAGAGGAUUAGGGGUUACAUGGAGGACCUGGCUGCAGGCAGCCCACAGGGCAUCAGAGGAAUAGUAGAUCAGAGAGGGAGAACUGGCAGCAAAGUGCCAGGUAUGGCUCUGAUCUAUGUUAUUAAAGCUGGAUUGUUCAGCUCUCA